AUGGAUUUAGGAAUUUUUACCAAUCCUGGGGAUAAAAUCACUGAUCGUAAACGUUGUGAUGGAACUAAGUUAAACGCUUGCGAAUACGAAUUUCGGUUCCAGUUGGGUACUACUUCUAAUCCAACGCAAUAUUGGUCUUUUACCACAAUGGUAUUUAAUUACUUUGUCCAUAGCGGUUACAAUUUAAGCAAACAUAAAUUAACUGAAGAUGGGCGUGUUAAAUUGCCUGUUACUAUUCCAUUUAAUGGAGAUUGGCCGAGAAAUCUUCAGGUCAAAAUAGGUAUUUACGAUCGAGAUGGUGAUACUCCUCCGUAUACGUAUGAAUUUCUCGGUCAAAUUGACGAGCCACUAGCGAUUGAUGCUGGCACAACAGUGCAAAAAACACUAGCUGCGAAACCUAGAACAGUACUAACCCUCUCUGUAAAAUUUACAGUUACAUGCAUUAGUCCGUACUAUGGUAUAUCUUGUAUUGCUGGUGACAAUGAGUGUGCUUCCAAUCCAUGCUUAAACUCAGCAACGUGCGUUGAUGGAGUCAACAGUUAUACAUGUCUCUGUUCAAAAGGAUGGACAGGCAGCCGUUGUGGCCAAGAUUUUAACGAAUGCUCUUCUAAUCCAUGUUUAAAUGCAAUCAAUUGCACUAACGGUAUUAAUAGUUACACCUGUCACUGUCAAACCGGCUGGACUGGAUAUCAAUGUGGACAAAAAAUUAGUCACUGCUUUUCCAGUUCAUGUUUAAACGGAGCCAGCUGCAUUAACGGCGUUAAUAACUAUACUUGUCACUGCCUGACUGGCUGGACUGGAAAUCGAUGCGAACAAAAUAUUGAUGAAUGCUCUUCGAAUCCAUGCUUAAAUGAAGCUAACUGCACCGAUGGCAUUAAUAAAUAUACUUGUCAUUGUCUAGUUGACUGGACUGGAAAGCAAUGCCAACAUAAUGUUGAUGAAUGCUCUUCUAAUCCAUGCUUAAAUGGAGUUAACUGUACUAAUGGCAUCAAUAAUUAUACAUGUCAAUGCUUAACUGGCUGGACAGGGGAUCAAUGUGAUCGAAAUAUUGAUGACUGCGUCUCUAAUCCAUGUUUAAAUGAAGCUAACUGUACUGACUUGAUUAACAACUAUACCUGUCAUUGCUUAGCCGGCUGGGAAGGGGCACGGUGUGAACGAAAUACCGAUGAAUGCUCCUCUAAUCCAUGCCUCCAUGAAGCGUCAUGUAUUGAUGGCAAUAAUAGCUAUACAUGUCACUGCGCAGCUGGAUGGACUGGUGAUCAUUGUGAACAAAAUAUUAAUGAAUGCUCUUCUAAUCCGUGUUGGAAUGAGGCAACAUGUGUUGAUUUGAUAAAUGGCUAUAAAUGUCAUUGUGUAAAUGGAUGGAAUGGUAGUCUGUGCGAACAAGAAAUUAAUGAAUGCACCUCUAAUCCAUGCUUAAAUGGGGCUACCUGCAUUAAUGGCAUCAGUAACUUUACCUGUCAAUGUCAGUUUGGAUGGAAUGGGAAUAUGUGUGAGCUAGAUAUUAAUGAGUGUGCUUCUAAUCCAUGCUUACAUGGAGCAAACUGCUCGCAUGGUAUUAACAGCUACACUUGCGAAUGUGCCCAUGGAUGGAACGGCAGUCGCUGUGAAUAUAAUAUUGAUGAAUGUAUAUCCAACCCUUGCCUUAAUGAAGGAACAUGUAACGAUGGUGUUAAUGGUUAUUCUUGUCAAUGUAUCGAGGGGUGGGGCGGAAAAUAUUGUCAAAAUGAUACCAAUAUUUGCCGUAGAAGUAAUCCUUGCGAAAAUCAUAGUGUUUGCCGUUACACUGGAGAUUACAACUACAACUGCAGUUGCCUACCUGGCUACGUAGGAAAAAAUUGCUCUAAUGAUACUUAUCUAUGUCGUUCAAGCUCACCUUGCCAAAAUGGUGGUACAUGCCAAGAUAACGCAGCUUAUGACUAUUCUUGCAUAUGUGUGUCAGGCUAUACAGGGCAAAAUUGCUCUCAAAAUAUCAAAAAUUGUGCAUCUACUCCUUGUAAACACGUUAACGCUACUUGCCUUAAUAGCCUUAAUAAUUACACCUGCGUAUGUCCUUCAGAAUGGACAGGCCGAAAUUGCGAGCUCGAUACCAAUCCAUGUCGUACAAGUAACCCCUGUAACAAUCAAGGAAUCUGCAAGUAUGUGACAAAUUACAUCUACAAUUGCAGCUGCUUCUCAGGAUAUAUUGGAAUGGAUUGUGAGGAAGACGUUAAUGUCUGCAGAACUACGACACCUUGCGGCAAUGGUAGCGCCUGUACUUUUCUUGAACCUUAUCAAUAUAAUUGUACUUGUAAAUCUGGCUAUACAGGAAAACAUUGCUUACAAGGCAAGAUAAUAUCUGUCGAAUUAUUGCAAUAUAAUAAUAAUAAGCGUGCUAGAAUGAAAACUUUCUUAACCUGUGCUAGGGCUAUUUGUUCCAUUCAUACUUUAGAUAUCAAUGAAUGUGUAUCUAAUCCUUGCAAUAACCAAGCUACAUGCAUCAAUGAGGUUAAUGGAUAUCGGUGCCAAUGUCCACGAAAUUGGAUUGGUAUUCAUUGCGAUACAAAUGUUAAUAUAUGUAAUAGAAGUGAUCCAUGUGAAAACGGAGCUGCAUGUCACAGUUUAGGAAAAUUCUCUUAUAACUGCACUUGUAGUCAGGGAUAUGCUGGCGUAAAUUGUUCUGAAGAUACUAAUGUAUGUCGUAUGGACCAUCCUUGCCAAAAUGGAGGAGAAUGCCGGUAUAUCGAAGCUUACAUUUAUGUCUGUAUAUGUCCGCCUAAAUACACUGGCCAAAACUGUACUCAAGACACCGAUUUAUGCCGAACUGUACAACCAUGUCAAAAUGGAGGAAUUUGUCAAUUUAUCGAUCCGUUCACUUACAAUUGCAGCUGUAAAUUUGGUUUUACUGGCAUCAAUUGUUCGGAUGAUACCAACAUUUGUUUAGCGGAUUCACCUUGCCAAAAUAAUGGUACAUGUACUAACUUGGGUGAUUACCAGUAUAGAUGUACCUGUCCAUCUGGUUACACUGAUCAAAAUUGUAGCCGAGAUAUUAAUGAAUGCCUAUCAAAUCCAUGCAAGCAUCCAGAGUCGAAGUGUAGUGACGAUAUUGGAAGGUACAUAUGCAAAUGUCCUCCAGAAUGGACAGGCAGGCAAUGCGAAACGCGGGCAAAUAUAUGCCACUCAUUUAAUCCAUGCGAAAACGGCGGAACUUGCGAAUAUAGUGGUCAUUACUCUUAUAAUUGCACUUGUCAGCCGGGCUAUACCGGCGCAAAUUGCUCAGAAGAUACAUUUGCAUGCCGGGUUAUCUCGCCAUGUCAGAAUGGCGGAAUUUGUCACAAUAUUAGAGAUUUUAAUUUUCGUUGUCAGUGUGUUUAUGGCUUUACUGGUCCAAAUUGUACGGAAGAUAUUAAUGAGUGCGAAUCAAAUCCUUGUACCGAUGGGGCCAUAGAUUGUAUCAAUGGAAACAACAGCUAUAUUUGUCAAUGUAAGGUCGGUUGGACUGGCAGCCGUUGUGAAAUAGAUGCUGACCAAUGCCGUCAGCACAAUCCUUGCGAAAAUAAUGGUACCUGCCAAUAUUUAGCGGAGUUUUCAUAUAGCUGUAAUUGCAGCAACGGUUAUACUGGAAAAAACUGCUCAGAAGACACCAAUGUCUGUAGGCAAAAUUCUCCUUGCAAAAAUAAUGGAACAUGCGAAUUUAUAGAACCCUAUGAUUAUACUUGCAAUUGUAUUACUGGUUAUGGCGGCCAGAAUUGUACUGACGUUACUAAUUUAUGCCGUACACUCAAACCGUGUCAUCAUAACGGAACGUGCGUUUUCAUAAAAGACAACGAAUAUAGAUGUAAUUGUGUAUCUGGUUACACCGGCAAAAAUUGCUCUAUCGACCAGUUCGUAUGUCGUUCGAGCUCACCCUGUGCUAAUGAUGGCGCUUGCCAUGAUAUCGAAGAAUACCGAUAUAGAUGCAAUUGUAAACCUGGUUAUACCGGCCAAAAUUGUUCUCAUAAUGCUAAUUUAUGUCGCUCAAGUCAACCAUGUCAAAAUGGUGGAACGUGCAUUUACCUAAAUAACUACGAAUACAGAUGCAACUGUUCAUCAGGUUACACUGGCAAAACAUGUUCUAGCGUUCAGUCCAUAUGUCGCUCACGGUUGCCCUGCACUAAUGGUGCUACUUGCCACGAUAUUGCAGGAUUUUUAUAUAAAUGCGAUUGUAUAUCGGGUUAUACCGGCAAGAAUUGCACAGAUGAUGCUAAUCCAUGCCGUAGAGUUUCUCCUUGCAAGAAUGGAGGAAAGUGUAAUUUUGUGCGGAAUUUUAAAUAUAGCUGUAACUGCACAAAUGGCUACACAGGCAUUAAUUGUACUAACAAAAGUGGUAAUAGUAUCCUGCCGACAUCAAUCACAAAUUUAACAAUUACUGAAUUCAAUUGCUCUACGAUUAAAGUCGAAUGGAACAUUAAUAACUUUCAAAAUAACAGAGCGGCUGAUCUUCAUGUUCAGUACAGAAAACUAACCGAACAGAACCUGAACACAUUACCGUCAAUUCCAAAGUCUGGUCGCAACAGUAUUAACUUGUUUCAUCUUGGAAUAAACGUAACUUACGAGGUUUCAAUAAUAUUAAAAGUCAAUAAAGCCACGAAUGAGUAUAAAGAAUUCCGUCAGUCUGUAAAGCACGUAAUAGCGGAAGAUGAUGAUGAUCCUGAUGAAUACCCAAAUCGAAGACCUGGAACUCCAAUAGCUCAUCUAGAACUGUAUACCACAAAUAGAAUAGAACAUAUUGAUAUGGCUGAUAUGGCCAAUGCGGGAUCUUCGAUGCGAACGUAUGAGAGAGAUAAUGGUAUGCCUGUCAAUGGAACGGCAACAGUGCAAGAUGGCAAUUCUGAUCCGUUAAACGCUUCUCCAGCUGAUGAUGUGUAUGCUUCCGUAAGUCCAGUCAGAAGUUUACAGGAAGGUCCUCACCCAUAUCUAGACAACGAAACUAGAGCGAGUAUGGUUUACGAAGCUUUACAAUUUGGUUAUAAUCCACCUAGUCUACCAAUAAGUACACCUUGUAACCAAGUAAAUGAAAAUGAGCAUGGAAGUGAACAAAAUCAAAAUCGGUCAGCUGGAAACUAUAUCCAUGAAUCAGAAGCUGAAAAUAUCUAUCAGACUUUGAAAUUCGCUGCAAAAGAUAAUCAGUCAAAUCGUAAUAACCAAGUCUAUCUUCAAACUUUGCCUGAAACUGGCGAAGUUAAGCGAGUCAUCCAUUUGCAGUCAAGUCACGAUGAUAAUGGCAAAAAGGGCAACAAGUCUAGCCUAAAAGGACAUUUUUUCGAUAUUAUGUCUACUAUUAAUGGAUAA